GUCGGAAACGCUCACCGCCGUCGUCGAUCUGUAUCACCACUGAACUCUGGAAAAGAAUAAUCAGAAAUAUUUUUGUAAAAUGAAUAAUAAAAAAAUUAAAAUUAUUGAGUGCACAAAAUAAAAUUUUCCAGUAAAACAUAUCAAACACAAAUUUCGCACAGAAUUUCAGAGCACAAAUCCAGGAUAAAAAUGAAUGAAUUAUGAACAGAAGAAGAAAAGGUGACAGCGACGACAAGUGACCUUAAGUAGACGAGAAGAAAAUAAUUUCAGCUAAAAACACAUAGAACGAGAGACAGGAAGCAGAAGUGACAAUACAAAAACAUUUCAAGUUUUAAUAAAAAUCAAGUGCAAGUGAGGUUUUUUUUACAAUAAUUGUGGAAUUUCGGAAGUGGUGGUUCAGUGAGUGGUGUUGAGGUCUCGUAUCUUUUCCGUUGUCGAGUGAAAUGGGAGGUUGUGUGGGACGUUAUAGUGGUGAUAAUGAAACAGUAAGUGUAUCAUCAGCCAGUGUAUCCAGACCGCCGACAGCAGGUACUCAAGUUGGUCCGGCACGCAAAAAUCGUCCUUUGUGUCAUGAGACAAUACGCUGGCGUUCAGAUGUUCCUCUGACAGAGGGCCAAUUGCGUUCGAAACGUGAUGAAUUUUGGGAUACAGCACCAGCCUUUGAUGGGCGCAAAGAAAUCUGGGAUGCCCUACGGGCAGCAACGACUGCAGCGGAAGCUUUAGACUUCCAGUUGGCCCAGGCCAUACUGGAUGGGGCCAAUAUUUCUGUGCCGAAUGGAUACCUAACAGAAUGCUAUGAUGAGUUGGGUACACAGUACAAAGUACCCAUUUAUUGUCUAUCAUAUCCUAUAAAUAUAGUUAAGGAGGAAAAUGGUCGUGAUUCACCUGCCGAAUUUUCAGAACCCGUCGAUGGUGGUACAGAGGUUUUCCUCAAACUGAGAAUAUCAUCAACAAUGUCAGAUGUUAAAUUACCUGUAUACUCCAAAGACACAGUGGGCCAAUGUAAAAAGAAACUACAGGCUGUUGAAGGUGUAGACGCUUGCUGUCAACGCUGGUUCUACAGUGGCAAACUAUUGGGCGAUAAAGUGCCGAUCGAAGAGUGCAACAUACAAAACGGCUAUGUGGUACAAGUCAUUGUAAAUACAGAACACUAUAACCAUGACAAUAGUACGAGUAUCGCCACUGCAAGCUAGCCAACAUUCAUCACCAUUCAGCACAAAGUGAACAACGCAAAGUUAACAACUUUACUAUCGGUGGCAACAAAUUGCAAUAAAGUAUAUCAUCAUUUGUCGCCAGCCAGCAAUCAUCCUUAUCGCCAGCCUCAUCAGCAUCUGCAACAGCGUCAACAUCAGCGUCAUCAGCAUUAUCAAAAACUGGGCUAUUGCGUUGUAAUGCCACAGCCCGCUGUCCCGGCUCAAGUCACAGCGAUAACAACAACAUCGACAUCGUUUCUAUUGCGAACAACAAAAAUUGAUAGUGACAUUGCAUUUGUUGUUGGACAGAAGACUAAUAGGAAAUUGCCCUCUCUGGAUAGUAGUUGUUGUACAUUUGUGAAGAUAUCAUUAAUAGUUUUAUUGAUACUAUUGUUAAUCGUAAUGCAUUUUGUUGCAAUUUGUUGUUAAACUAUGAACGAAGGAAACAAGCAAAAGAAGAAAACACAAACACAAAUCAAAUGAUAAAUUUUAAGAAAUAUUUAAUAAUUUUUUUUAUGUUCUUUCCCUUCCAUCUCUUGCUCUAUCCCCCCGUCUACCCCGCAAUCCUAAUCCGUAACUUCCCAUGCAUCGUUUUAAAGUAAGGGGUUUUGCUCUGUUGUUCUGUUUGCGAGAUGUUUGAGAAACAACAGGCGAUGAGUACAAAACCAAAUUGAAAAGAAAAAUGGAUUAUUUUUUUAAAUUGUCUUUUGUAUAGCAAUUUUUUUAUUUAUAUUUAUAACAUUUUCUUUUUUUAAAUCUAGUUGUAUUCUCUACUUACUUGGUUUAUUAGCUCGAGUAAAAUUAAAUAAUAAUAAUAAUCUUACAAAAUAAUAAUAAAAUAAUAAUUAGAAAAUACAAAGCAACAACCACAACAACACAAAUAUUAACUAUUUUUAAGUGGGUAACAUAUUAUUAUUUGAAAUUUUUAUUUAUAAUCAUAACAUUUAACAAAAUCUAUCCAUACUCUUUUUUAUUUAAAAUUUAAAGAAAUUUAAGAAGGAAAGAAAUUAUAUACUUUAUUGCGUAACAAACAUGUACACAGCCAUAUUAAACAACAACAACAGCAAAAAUAAUAAUCAGAAAACAACCGAAUAAAAAACGAUAAAA